AUGACCUUUGUCCAGUUUAUGCGCCGUGCGACAGAUAACGUUACCGGCUCCAUUGACAGAGGCACUCUUGCUGGAGUUAUGGGCGGUUCCGGUGCCGGAAAAUCGACAUUUGUCAAUGUGCUGAUGGGAAAAACGAGUAAUAUCGGUGGUGUAGUAGCCGUGAACAAUAGCCCGAGUAAAGUGGGACGCUACAAAAAAGUCAUAGGACAUGUGCCUGAGGAGACAUUCUCUCCCCGAAUUGACCCUCUACGAGAACAUUACUUCCACGGCAUUGAAAAGAUGCUGAUAUUGAAGCCCACGCCGAGUCUGUCAUUGACUGCCUGGAACUAUCGCAUGUGCGAGAUUCACAAGUCGGAAGUGUUGAGAAGGCAAUCUCAGUGGUGGACAACGAAAAGUGUCAGUAUCGGUAUGGAAUUGGCAGCAGUACAUAUGGCAAUCUUUUUGGAUGAGCCAACAAGCGGUCUGGAUGCUACAUCGGCAUCUUCAAUGAUAAGGACCUUGAAGGUCCUUGCGCGCCUAGGCAUUGCGGUCAUUUUUAUUAUUCAUCAGCCUUGGUCUGAGGUUUUCGAUCUGUUUGAUAGUCUUUUCUUGGUCGAAAUGGACAGACUAUUUACGAAGGUCCUCAAGCCGAGGCCAAACAGUAUUUUGAGAAUGUGGGUUUCCACAUUAUAG